AUGGCUGCCAUCAACAAGAUCGCCCUUAACUCGCCCUCGAGGCAGAACCCCUCCGAGCUGGAGACCGCGAUCGCCGGUGCUCUUUUCGACCUCGAGAGCAACACACAGGACCUGAAGGCCACCCUUCGGCCCCUGCAGUUCGUCUCUGCCCGUGAGGUUGAGGUUGGUCACGGCAAGAAGGCCGUCAUCAUCUUCGUCCCUGUCCCUCUUCUCCAGGGCUUCCACAAGAUCCAGCAGCGCCUGACCCGUGAGCUCGAGAAGAAGUUCUCCGACCGCCACGUCCUCUUCGUUGCUCAGCGCCGCAUCCUGCCCCGCCCCAAGCGCUCCGUCAACUCCCGCACCACCCAGAAGCAGAAGCGCCCUCGUUCCCGCACUCUGACCGCCGUCCACGACGCCGUCCUCAGCGACCUCGUCUACCCCGUCGAGAUUGUCGGCAAGCGCAUCCGCACCAAGGAGGAUGGCUCCAAGACCCUCAAGGUCAUCCUUGACGAGAAGGAGCGUGGUGGUGUUGACCACCGCCUCGACGCCUACGGCGAGGUCUACCGUCGGUUGACCGGCCGUGCUGUUGUCUUCGAGUUCCCCCAGGGUGGUGCCUCUGACUACUAGACCGCGAAAUUCUUUUUUCCAUAAUGCAUCUUCUUUUUUUCCAAACCCCUUUAUGAAAAAAGAAACCAACAUGUUGUUUUAAAGAAUCUGGUCUGGGAAAAUCAGGAUUAACAGGGAAUUCAAAUAUGAUGGCUGUGUUGUUGUGAGGACAACUUUUAAAAGAUCUUUCUAAAAAACGAAACAUUACUUCAAACUCCAACUCUCCUAACCAGCCGGCGGUUCCAUGCCAAAUGCCAAUUCCCAAUUGCCCAAAUGCCAACCAAUCGGGAAGCUUUUUUAUCUAGAUUGGAGGAAUCUUCAAUCUUCACAUAAAGAUCGAUCAUCCUUCUACCUAGUACUUCCACUUCCACUUCCCCCCAUACACUCACUCCUAUUCCUCCAGUAUACGUAUCUGGGGGAGAACCACCAGACCCCCCUUUCUUUCAGCCUCCCCAGUAACCUCAAUCCCAAAUCCAACAAUAAUAUAACUAUCUAAACAUCCC